AUGCGGUUAGCGCGGCCAUGUCCCCACCUCCACGCGCACUCGCCGAACAUUCUUUCCAUCGGCGCUGUCACGCUGCGUGUUUCUCCGCAUGGGAUCUCUUUGGGUGCGGAGUUGUUGGAAACCGUACUGGCUGUGGUGAGUCGACCUACUCCGUACACAGCAAGUCCAUGCGGUGGAAGUUGUUCAGUAAUUCAAGUGCGGACUCCUGCAUACGACCGAAACAUUGCACCCUUCUCUAUCUGUGCUUGCAUUGUCCAGCCUGUGGCAAUUGUCCUUGUCUAUCUCAAUGGAUACUUACACAUCGCAGACUUCAGGUACACCAAUCUUGGAUCCAUUUCAAUAGCGAAGGUGAAAUUUCAAUAUCUUGUCACCCUCGGGUUCAGUUACGUAGAGGAGUGCUCGAUGGCUACUACCACGGGAGGGGCUGACUUGAUCGCAAAUUUGAGAGGUCUCUGGGCACUUGCAAUAAUAUGUCUUCCAAGGCCCAGAGAGAAGGUCACGAUUAGCUACGGGGAUGAUACCCACUCCUGCGUUCAUAACGCAGUAAUUAUACCAAUGACCAUGAACCCCGCAGCAUUCCAUUUCCGUUUGCAUCUCCCUCUUGUACCUCCUGCUCUCGCAAUUCAAGGGGCAGUGUUCUCACUAGGGGUUACUGGGCUUCUUGUACCCGCAUUCGUGUACGCUUCUAAAGCAUCCCACACUCGCGGCAACGAUGAUGCCAAUGGAUUUCCUAAUACAUUGCCUUCAAUGAAACGGUUUCGGCCUCUGUCUCAUAUCCUAUCCUAUGAUAACUCAUGUCUCUACGUCUUGAAUCCAUAUUGGGACACAAAUCCUUUCUUCUUUGAACUCUACCACCUGGCAUCUGAAAGCGAGAUCCCAAUUAUAGCGUAUGCCUGCUGGAGCGACGAUGGAACGCCUUACGGAUUCCUCGAGACGAAGUUGCAUUACAUACCCAAAAUCAUUCUGAAUCUGAUGAAAGCAGCUGGGAAGCAGAGCCAAAAUGGAAAUGAGGCUUGA